GUAAAUAUUGGGACCAUGAAUCGAAGUCUCAUCGACGUAAUUUCAUAAAUUUAAAGCUCUCUUGGUUGGCAGUAAAGAAGGAACGACAAAGCCCGACGUGGAAGUGAAAAAAAUAUUUUUUGAAGGAUUUUUGAAUUUUUUAACGCGAAAAAAAGAGAAAAAUGUCUGACAAAGGAACUAUGAGGACAUUCAUCAAUCCCUAUCCACGUAGACCGUGGAUGGCAGAAACGGGAGCUGCAGCUCCAGCGGGACAAACAAAAGGCCUCAAAGGAAUUGUCGCGGGCGGCAUAACGGGAGGCAUUGAAAUUUGCAUCACAUAUCCCACGGAAUACGUCAAGACACAAUUGCAACUCGAUGAAAAAGGUGCCAACAAAAAAUACAACGGCAUCAUCGAUUGCGCCAAGAAGACUGUCAAGCAAAAUGGUUUCUUCGGACUGUAUCGCGGUCUCAGUGUUUUACUUUACGGCUCCAUCCCCAAAUCCGCCGUGCGUUUUGGCGCCUUCGAAACGUUCAAACAGCAACUUGUCGACGAACGUGGUCAACUCAGUACUCUCGGGAAACUCGGAGCUGGCUUGGGAGCAGGCGUCGCUGAAGCACUUUUAGCCGUCACUCCCAUGGAAACUGUCAAAGUGAAGUUCAUCAACGACCAACGAAGUGCAAAUCCCAAAUUCAAAGGUUUCUUCCACGGCGUCGGGCAAAUUGUCAAGGCAGAGGGCCUCACGGGCGUGUACAAGGGCGUUACAGCAACAAUCAUGAAACAAGGUUCAAAUCAAGCAAUUCGUUUUUAUGUCAUGGAAACGUGUAAAGAUGUCUACAAAGGCGACGAUCCGAAUAAACCGGUGCCGAAACUCGUAGUUGGAGCAUUUGGAGCGAUUGCUGGAGCGGCAAGUGUCUUUGGAAAUACCCCAAUUGACGUCGUGAAAACUCGUAUGCAGGGACUCGAGGCUUCCAAGUACAAAAAUACAAUGGAUUGCGCGAUGACAAUUUGGCGCAACGAAGGACCAAAAGCAUUCUACAAAGGAACAAUUCCUCGAUUGUCGCGCGUGUGUCUCGAUGUCGCCAUUACUUUUAUGAUUUACGACUCGUUUAUGGACCUUUUCAACAAAUUUUGGCAUUAAUUUGUUCAUUUUUCGGUUUUUUUGGUGUUUUUUUUGACAAUUUUUAUUUUUUAAUUUUUUUUUUAAUAAUUUUAAAUCGUUAAAGUCAUGAGAUAAAAAAAAGUUCGUUAACUAGUCAAAAAUUUAUUCAAAAAAAAUUAUUGCCAUUAAAAAAUAUAUUAAUCGCGCACUUUUGUUGACAAAAAUUAGAAAAAACGCACGUUUUAGACGACAAAAAAAUACAAAAAUUGAUGGAUGCACUGAUAUUUAAACGUAAAAAUCGCACAUGCCUUACAACAAAAACUAUACAACUGAAAGUAGAGCUCAAAAAAACAUAUUUAGAGAUAAUUAUUUACCUCACAAUGAAAAAAAAAAUAUCUCGCAAUGUUCACUUUUGCAUUUAAUUUAAUCAAAACUCUGUUCUUGUCAUUCCGAAACUAUUUCAUGAGAGAUACCAAGCUUUUCUAUUUUUUACUAUUUUUUUAAAGAAUUUUUGACAAUUUUUUACGUAAACUGUUUCAACUGUACCUCUGUUAAAGCUAUUUAUUUUAAUUUUUUUUAGAUUUUAAGGUUAUGUUGUACUACUUUU